AUGAGUAUGACCAGUCAUUCAUCGGUUUCUUCUCAAGUUGAUGAAUACGAGGAAAUUCCGGACAAAGGGGCGACUAGCCAACGUCCCUUCGUCUUUUGGGAAAUGUUUCCAUUCUCUCGGAUGGAUAGCAUCUUCAUCCGAUUUCCAGGCGAUAUCUCUUCUCAACCAACGUUGGUCAAAAAAAUGACCGUUAGUGACUCUCUCCGGAAAUAUGAUCUUGUACGGCGAACCAAUCAUCCAAACUUGGUGAACCUCACGGGCAUGUCAAGGACUGGAGAUGGGCUCUACUUCAGUUAUGAGAGACCAGGAGCUUCCUUGAAAAAGUUGUACGCGCUGAAAAGUCGAGAUGCAGUGGCAAUGGCCAGUAUUUGCAAAAAGGUCUCAAACACACAAGCACUUUUGUCGUUCAUCCAUCUAGUCCCUACAUUCGAGAAGGAUAUAGCGGAUAGUCUGGCAGCCGUGGCCGCAUUGGCAUUGAUUGGUGUCGGCUUUGUUGAUGUCGUGGAGGUAUGUGCGUAG